CAUGAGAGAAGCCCUACAUGAUGCUUCAGACACGAAAGUGAAACACAUAAGCAACACACAGAGAGCUAUAGAGUGAGACUCCAAACACAGCAAUGGCGGACGAAAGCAGCAUUCUGAGUAGAAAGAGAAACAUCACAUCAGCUCUUUGUAAACGUCUCUCUCUAGAUCCAAAAUUUUUCUUGGACGAUGUGGAUAGUGAUAUUAAGAGCCUGUGCGCAAAAAUUUUGAAGUCCUCACAGAACGAGGCUGUUUUUGAUAUCAAUGAUGAGUUGAUGAAGUGGAUAGCAUUUGCAGAGAAUUUUCCUGUAGAUUCUGAGGCAUGCUUUAGGUCUGUCAAUGAAUUAAAUGAAGGCUUGGGUCAGAAUUCUGUUCUUUUUGGAGGUGGAUUGAAACCUUCUGAGGCUGAUAUUGUUGUCUUUUCAGCAGUACAUUCAUUUGUGUUUGGUCUGUCAGAUUCAGAGAGGUUAAAAUUGACACAUUUGCUGAGAUGGAUGGAUUACAUCCAGAAUAAGGAGGAUCUUGGGGGACUGUUUGAAAACAUUAAGCUAGAGAAGGCCGUAUUUGAGCCUCCACAAUCAAAAGUGGAUUCUAACGCCAAAAAGACCGUGCAAGGCGCGAAAGAUGUGAAAAAGGUUACAGGAGAUAAUGAGGUUGUUGUAGAGAAGAAGAAAGUGUCUGGAAAAGAAGCAGAUGAAAAAGAUAAGGAAAUUAGUGUUAGCUCGCUUAAAUUGCAGGUUGGCCUAGUACGUAAAGCAUGGAAACACCCAUCAGCUGACAGUUUACUGGUUGAGGAGAUAGAUAUUGGAGACAUUAAAUGUCGGCAAGUGGUCAGUGGACUGGCAAAAUAUCUGAGUCCUGAAGAGAUGAUGAACCGACGUGUGGUACUAAUCACAAAUGUAAAACCUGGAAAGCUGCGAGAUGUUAUGUCAGAAGGAUUGGUAUUAUGUGCUUCUAAUGAAGAUCAUACUAUUGUAGUGCCUCUGACCCCUCCAGAAGGGGCAACAAUUGGGGAGCAUGUUUCAUUUUCUGGGCACGAGGGAAAACCAGAAGAUGUUUUAAAUCCAAAGAAGAAACAGUUUGACAAGAUAGCUCCGCAUCUUUUCACAAAUGAUGAAGGUGUGGCCACGUUCAAAGGGAUCCCAUUCAUGACAUCUGCUGGGCCAUGCACAUCUUCCAUUCCCAAGGCAAGCAUCAAGUGAUGAUGAUCAUGGUGCAUGAAAUUCAUAUCAUUGUUACUCUUGCUUUGGGCUAAACUUUCUCCGGCCAUUGAUGCUGAACGUUUUCUGCUGGGAGUGGACACACACGGGUUCAUUUCUCAAUUGCAAGCUCUUUAAGAAAUGGGAAUGUUGUACAAAUUCAAUCAUGUUUGAUCAAUUAAAAUUCUCUUUUCGGAAGGUGAAUUAAAGAUGUUUUUACACUGUCCACUCUCAUACGAGGUUUUAAGACUGAUGAUAUGGCCGAGUAUUAUAGUUGUUGUAUUGAAUGAAAUUGUUACUUUCUAUGGGCUCUAGCCAUCAUAAUCGAUGUCGAACUUAAUUAUGUUGAUUGUUGGUUUUCAUAU